AGGUGGGCUGCAGCAUAAAGCCUGAUCACAGCCCGUCUGCUCUGUUACAGGGACUGUCUGCACUUGGAUAAUGACGCCAACGCUCCUGCUGUGGGUCCUCAUCCUGAAGGCCUCGCUCACACCCUCAGAAAGUGCUCCUGACUUCAGAGAGCUGAAGGACUACGAGGUGGUGCGACCGGUCAGACUUCACACGGUUAGAAAAAGACACACGGAGCAUCUCAGGCCAGAGACUGUGAAGUAUGCGAUGACGGUGAGAGGAAGAGACAUUGAAAUGCAACUAGAGAAGAAUAAGGAAUUAUUAACCGCAGACUACACAGAAACGUACUACCAAGACGACGGGACUCGAGUCACCACAACGGCCAAUGACAUCGAUCACUGCUACUAUCACGGGAGUGUCGUGAAUGACAGCGAGUCAUCGGUUAGCAUCAGCACUUGUGAUGGACUCAGGGGUUACUUCCGAAUGUCGGCCCAAAGGUACCUGAUUGAGCCGCUGUCUGGAGGCGAUGAGGGGGAUCAUGCUGUGAUGACUUUUGAUGACAAGCAGUCCCCCCCUGCAGUGUGCGGUGUCACCAACACCAGCUGGAGUAUGGACUUCGAACCCCCGACAAGCCGGAGCCGCUCCAGAUCAGCGGGUUCAUCUAUUCUCCAGCAACAGAAAUACAUCGAGCUCGUCCUCGUUGCUGAUAAUCGUGCGUACGUGAAGAUGAAGCGAGAUCAGACCAAGCUGAGACAGAGGAUGUUUGAAAUUGUCAACUUUGUCAAUAUGGCCUACAAGCCCCUGCAGACCUUCAUCGCUCUGGUGGGGCUGGAGAUCUGGUCCAAUCGUGACUUGAUCUCCAUGACCCCCCCGGCCGGGGCCAACCUGGACGCCUUCAUGAAGUGGAGGAACUCUGAGCUGAUGAAAAGGAAAAAGCAUGACAAUGCACAUCUCAUCAGUGGCAUUGACUUUGAAGGAGCGACUGUGGGACUGGCUUACAUCGGGACUCUUUGCUCAGGUCACUCUGUCGGAGUCGUGCAGGAUCACUCCAACUCGGCCAUUGCAGUCGGAGCGACUCUGGCUCACGAGAUGGGCCACAACCUGGGCAUGAACCACGACGACUCCAGCGCCUGUGCUUGUUCUGGUGACAGCUGCAUCAUGGCGGCAGCACUCAGCUACAAUGUUCCUCGGACCUUCAGCAGCUGCAGCAGCAACAACUACGAGAAGUACCAGCUGGGCCGCAGCCCGAGCUGCCUGCUGGACAAACCCGACUACAGGACUCUGGAGGCUCCGGCCGUCUGCGGGAACGGCUUUGUGGAGAAAGGAGAAGAGUGUGACUGUGGCAGUGUGGAGGAGUGCAUCAACACGUGCUGCAACAGCACCACCUGCAGGCUGAAGGAGGGGGCGCAGUGCGCUGACGGGGCGUGCUGUGACGACUGCAAGGUGUCGCCUCGCUCCAAGGAGUGCCGCAGGAAGCAGGAUGAGUGUGACCUGUCAGAGAACUGCGAUGGGAUGAGCGCCACCUGUCCUGAGGACGUCUUUGCUGUGAACGGCCUCUUGUGCGAUAAAGGCCUGGCGUACUGCUACAACGGCCAGUGUCCUCAGAGGGACAGCCAGUGUGUCAAACUGUACGGAUCAAGCGCUACUGAGGCCCGUGCAUCCUGCUACAACCAGAACACCAGAGGACUCUACUACGCCUUCUGCAGACGUCCAGAGAAAGACAAGUACAUCCCCUGCCAGCGAGAAGACAUUUUCUGUGGGAAGCUCUUCUGCCACGGCGGUCUUGACAACCCAAACUACGGCCGCAUGGUCCGGAUCGGCGAUUGCAAGGCCGCUUUCUUUGAAGACCACACCUCGGACUACGGCCAGGUGGACACGGGGACCAAAUGUGGGGAUGAAAAGGUGUGCAGCCAGAAUCAGUGUGUGCAGCUCGAGACGGCGUACAGAAAUACAAACUGCUCAGCCAAAUGUGGAGUCCAUGCUGUGUGUAAUCACAGAAGUGAGUGUCAGUGUGAGCCUGGCUGGAUGCCUCCUCACUGCAGUUUGAACGAAGGAGCUCCGCUGUCUACAGGAGCAACUAUUGCCAUCGCAGUGAUCGUGACCCUGGUGCUGUUAGGUGUAAUCGCUGGUGUGGUAGGGUUCAUCUGCAAAAGACGACAGAGUCCCAUGCUGCCAACUGCACACACCCAGAGGAAGCUGCCCGUUCCCAGUCAACCCAUGCCGGUGCAGGCUGCAAGGCCAAAACCCAAAGGAGCUCCACCUCCACCUCCUCCAGCGGGGAACAGACCUAAACCCCCGGGUCAGAACUACUCAGCUGCACGGCAGGCUCUGAGGCCAGUACCGCCACCUAAAGUCUGAUGUCCGACACCGUGCCACCAUUUAAAACCGGGGGCGCAUCUUUGUCCAUGGAGAGGCUGCUGCAGACACGUUCUUUAUCAAAUCCGUCCCAUUACAGGCUCCUCUGCAGGUUUCUGCUGCAGCGCUGUGAAGCACAAGGGACUCGUUACCAGUGACGUGCAGCGUGCAGCGAGGACAAAGUGGACUUUAAAUGGUCGCUUGCAUGCCAUGCACUGAGGACUUGUUAUUACAGAGACUCUUUUUUAAGGCACUUUUUUAUACUACAGGGUUUGUGCGUGCAGAACCCGCUGAACGUUUCCUUUUAUACAUGUUGUGUUUUGUCACGAUGACAGAAUUGACUGGCCAGUAAUUCAUAUGAUCAUAUUACUCUCACAACGUCUACGAUGUGUCGCUCAAACACUUUGUUAAAUAGAAAUGCUUAAUGUAACUUAAUAAUGGGAAAUAAACCUCAUUUUGUACAAAUGCAUUGUGGGAAAAAUAAACUGCAUGUUAAAGCUGCA